UGGGGAAAAAGAGAACUGUAACCACCCAACUUGUCUCGCAAACUAUGUGUAGACAAAUUUCCCGUGCAACGCGCGAGUAAAAAACACUAGUAUAAUAAAAAUAGAGCACAUAUUAAACACAUGACUUGUGAGUUCAGAGUACAUACUGCAAGGUGCAAGCAACUCUGUUCCUUUUGUUGACUCUUGUCUGAAUUGUAAUCUAGUCACUUGUUCUUGUGAUCAUGGCAGCAAUAUUGGUGGGAGGAGCUUUCCUCGGUGCAUUCCUUAAUGUUGUUUUCGACAAGCUUGCUUCACCUGAGGUUGUCAACUUCAUCCGAGGCAAGAAGCUUGGCCCUUUACUUGACAGGAUGAAGACAACUCUCACAGUGGUCAAAGCUGUGCUCAAUGAUGCUGAGAAGAAACAGAUCAGUGACUCUGAUGUCAAAGACUGGCUCGAUGAACUCAAACAUGUUGUCUACAUGGCUGAUGACUUGAUGGAUCAUGUUUGUACCAAAGCUGCUGCUGCUGCUGCAGCUGCAACUCUAAAAAAGGUAACUCCUAACUUGUUCUCUCGCCUUUUCAAUUCACAACAUCAGAAGAUGGCUUCAAGAUAUCGCCCUUUCAAUACACAAGAUCGGAGGAAGAUAGCUACUAGGUUGGAAGAAAUAGUUGACAAGCUAGAGCAUAUCUUAAAACUAAAAGAGAGUCUUGAUCUCAAAGAGAUUGCAAUGGAUAAUUCCUCAUCCAGAGUUCCCUCAACAUCUGUGCCAGAUAGAAAUAUAUAUGGGAGGGAUGAAGACAAGGAGGCUAUAAUCAAGUUAUUGUUAGAUGAUAAUAAUGAAGGUGAAGAUGUAUCUGUGAUCUCUAUUGUGGGCAUGGGUGGUGUCGGAAAGACCACUCUAGCCCAAAUGAUAUACAGUGAUGACAGUUUGAAGCAAAAUUUUGAUUUAAAAGGAUGGGUUUGUGUUUCUGAAGCAUUUGAUAUCAUGGGAGUUACAAAAACUUUAACAGAGGCACUUACUCAACAAGCUUGUCAAAUCAAUGAUCUAAACUCACUUCAAGAAAAAUUGGUUGAAAAGCUGAAGGAAAAAAAAUUCUUAAUUAUUUUGGAUGAUGUUUGGAUCGAAGAUUAUGAUAGUUGGAAUCUUCUUAGAAAACCUUUGCGAUAUGGGAUGAGGGGAAGUAAAAUUCUUGUAACAACCCGUAGUGAAAAGGUUGCAUCUGUAGUCCAAACUGUUCAAACUUACAAUUUAAGCCAACUAUCAAAUGAAUGUUGUUGGUUAGUAUUUGCAAACCAUGCUUGUCUUUCCCCAGGAUCAGGUGAGAAUACAACAGAUCUAGAGAAAAUUGGCUUGGAGAUUGUUAAGAAGUGUAAGGGAUUGCCUUUAGCUGCACAAUCACUUGGAGGUUUAUUGGGAAGAAAGCGUGAUAUUAAGGAUUGGAAUAAUGUGCUGAAUUGUGACAUUUGGGAAUUAUCUGAAAGUAAGAUUAUUCCAUCAUUGAGAAUUAGCUAUCAUUAUCUCCCUCCUUACUUGAAACGCUGCUUUGUUUACUGUUCAUUAUACCCAAAAGAUUAUGAAUUUAUGAAAAGUGAUGUGAUCCAGUUGUGGAUGGCUGAAGAUCUUUUACCACCACCGAAAAAGGGCAAGACUCUAGAAGAAGUUGGUGAUGUUUUUUUUGAUUAUUUAGUUUCAAGCUCAUUUUUUCAACGCUCAAGUACUCCGGGGAAGGGGAAGGAGGAGUAUUUUGGGAUGCAUGAUCUCAUGCAUGAUUUGGCAACAUUUCUUGGCGGGGAAUUCUACUUUAGAUCAGAUGAUCUUGGGGAUGAAAAUACUAUUGGUAGCAAAACUCGUCAUUUGUCAUUCGACAAUUUCAGUAGUCCCAACUCAGAAAACUUUGGGGUCUUAGGUAAUGCUAAAUUCCUAAGAACAUUUUUUAGGAUUAACGAUAAAAAAUCUGUAUCCGAGAAUGACGAGGUACUAUGUACUGAGGUGUUGAGUUUUGAGUACUUGAGAGUUUUAUCAUUUCGUUCCUUUGGAAAUCUCUUUGCAUUGCCUGAUUCUAUAGGUGGAAUGAUCCAUUUGCGUUAUUUGGAUCUCUCCGGGGCAGAAAUAGAGUCAUUACCAGAGUCAUUGUGUAAUUUGUAUAAUCUGCAAACGUUGAAGCUAGAGGAUUGUGGUGCGCUUACUAUGCUACCUUGUGGCAUGCAAAAACUUGUAAACUUGCACUAUCUUGGUAUUUCUAGAACAUGUAUAAAGGAGAUGCCCAAAGAAAUGAGCAAAUUAAAGCAGUUGCGACAUUUGCCUUACUUCAUUGUGGGCAAGCAUGAAAAGAUCAAGAUCAAUGAGCUGGGAGGGCUUUCAAAUCUUGGUGGGCAGUUUACAAUUUACCAAUUGGAGAAUGUUGAGAAUGGUAGUGAAGCGUUGGAGGCAAGGAUGAUGGAUAAGAAGCACAUUCAGCAUUUAGUACUGGACUGGCCUUCCGAUAAGGGUUGUAUCGAUUCCCAAACCGAAGUUGAUAUACUUUGCAAGUUAGAGCCUCACCAAGACCUUGAGUCCCUGGAGGUAAAAGGCUACGGAGGUACCAGAUACCCUGAUUGGAUUGGAAUGUCUUGCUACCACAAUAUGACUAGGAUAAGGUUGUCUGGUUGCAAUAAUUGUAUUACUCUCCCUUCACUUGGACACCUCCCAUCUCUCAAGGACCUGGCAAUUUCAGAUUUUAAUACGUUGGAGACUAUUGAUGCCAGUUUUUUCAACAAGAAUAAUGAUGACUCUUUGUUGACACCUUUUCCCUCACUUGAAUCUCUUGAAUUUAUAAGGAUGCCUUGUUGGGAGGUGUGGAGUUGUUUUGAGCCACAUGCUUUUCCUCAGCUUAAGCGUCUAAGAGUACAACAUUGUCCAAAAUUGAGGGGAGAUUUGCCGAGUCACCUCCCUGCUCUAGAAGAACUUGAUAUUCAAAAGUGCGAGCAACUUACUUGUUCUCUCCCAAUGGCUCCCUCCAUGCGCCUACUAGUUAUAAAUGAUGUCAAUAAAGUAGUAUUGCAAGAUUUUCCUCUCCUAAAACAUUUGACAUUGAAAGAUUGCUCGUCUAUGAUGUCAUUUCUGGGGGAUUGCUUACCUGCAUCACUGAUGACUCUGGAAAUUGAGAGAUGUAGAGAACUAGAAUUCCCUCAGCAGCAGCAACAGACACUCGAGUUACUAGAGAUACUGCAAAUACAGAGCAGCUGUGAUUCGCUCAUGUCUCUCCCACUGGAGGCUUUUCCAAAUCUCAAAAAACUAUACAUCUCAGACUGUGUAAAUCUGGAAUCUAUUUCAGUGUCACACUCACGGGAUUUUACUCUUCAAAAUCUGAGAGAUCUUCAUAUCUCCAAAUGCCCCAAUUUAGUAUCAUUGGCAAGAGAAGGAUUGGCUGCGCCCAGAAUGACUGGCUUCAGGGUUUCCGGGUGCGACAAGGUAGAGUCAUUGCCUCCUCGGAUGAAUACUCUUCUCCCAAACUUGGUACUUCUUUCGAUAGCUUACUGUCCAAGAAUUAAGUCGUUUCCUGAAGAAGGUUUGCCGCCUAGCUUGACAACAAUUGUGAUCAGGAAUAGCACGAAACUGCUGAGCUGCCUAGCAUGGCCAUCCAUGGACAAGCUUACCUACCUCCAGAUAUACGGUCCAUGUGAUGGGAUAAAGUCCAUCCCAAAAGAGGGGUUGCUGCCUUCCUCCCUGAAGUCACUAUUACUAUAUGAUUUCUCAAGUCUGGAGACGUUGGAUUGCAAAGGGCUUCUCCACCUCACCUCCCUCAAACAGUUAACAAUUGAGAAAUGUCCAAAGCUGGAGAACAUGGCGGAAGCAAAGCUUCCUACAUCUCUAACUGAACUUGACAUCUCUGAAUGCCCUUUGCUGGGAGAACAGUGCCGCGUGAAGCACCCUCAAAUUUGGCCCAAAAUUUCCCACAUCCACCGCAUUCAGGUUGAUUCCAAAGUAAUUUCAUGAGCCCUGAUUAUCAACAGGAAAUGAGCAGAUUUUCAAAGGAAAUACAGGGCAAAAGGUUGCUUAAUGCUUACUAUUCUCAAGAUUGGAAGAAGAAAUAUAAAACACAGACCUGUUAUGGUUAUAUUGCCUGGAGAAGAUACAUGUACCCAUGAAUUUGCAAUCAACUUUGAACAAGAUCUGAAGGGAAAUUUUGGUUUACAUGACAUGAAACAUUCUCAGUAACUGAUUAUUUACUCGAGAGGCUUCUCAACGGAAAUUGAUGCAAUAUUUAUGUUACCAAAUCUGCAAAAAGUGAGCAAUUUUCAAAAGCAAUACACACACGUGUGGGAAACAAUCUUUGAUCAAAUUUAAGCUAAGAGUGUUGUUUUUCAUCCUUAAGAUCAGAAGAAGAAAUGAAAUACAUGUAUCCGGUAUGCAACAUCAUUAUAAAUAGUUCAAUAUAAAGCUACGUCUCUGGAAAAUGAGCAUAGUCAUAUGUGGAAUUUUAUUUUUAAUAUCUCAGUAUAUCAGCAACAACCUGUGGUUGUUUCUUCAUCAUAGCUAUGUUAAGGUUAAUUGGCUUGGUGAAGCUAGCUGGUCCUGCCGAGGGAUCUGAGAUCAACUUUGAACAGGAGCUGAUUUGAAAUUUUGAUUUAGUUGACAUGAAAUAUUGUCAAUAGCUGAUUAUUUACUUGGGAGGCCAUUCAGUGGAUACAAUGUUUUACCAAUUUUGUCAAUUUACACAUUAGAAUUUUGAAGACCACUAUAUGUGAUGUGUUUCUGAUGCUUUAAAGAUUACGGAGACCCUACAUUCUGUAGAUCCAGCACACCGAGGAACUUUUUCCCUUCCUAGACUCCUUAGAGGCAUGGGAUUCUCCAUUUUGAAAUGCUCCCCAUUUAUUGACUGUUCUUUACAUCAGAGACUCUGCAAUACAUCAAGCUUAUCAAAAUAUCCUCCCAGCAAGGAGAUUGGCGCUUGAAUUGCGGGGAUGAAGCAACCAAAAGACAAGGAGCUGUUGGAGAAAGGGAGCAAGAAGUUGGCUGGGGGUAAGAUAAGAAAAAGGAACUAGGGCCCAUGUCACAGCAAAAGGCAAUGCGGACUUAGGAGUAUGAUACAGCAAGGGCAACGUCAGGCAAGAUGGCUUAAACCGGGGCAUGGAAGAUUUAAGCUUAAUUUUGAUGGGAGUAGUCUUGGCAAUCGUGGAAAUGCUGGUGGAGGUGGUUUACUUCGUCAUGGUUCAAGCAACUUCAUUUUUGGCUUUUCAAAUUUUUUGGCAGUUGCUCGAAUAAUGAAGCUGAGUUACGCGCUAUUCUUGAAGGCUUACUUGUGUUAUGCUGGUAUUGGCAUUGAAUGUGAUUCUAAUAUUGUUAUCAGCUGGAUUGUUUUGGCUCGUAGUGGUGCUAGUGGAACCAGCUUCUUCUUUACCAAUGCGGAACAUCUCCCUAGGCUUAUAAAAAGUUUGAUUAGGUUAGAUAAAAUGGGUAUUGUUUAUGUUAAGACUUGUUUAGUUUGUUCUUUUGACUUUGCUUUUUGUAUUUUGUUUGUUUUGAUACUUGGGAUAUUGUUUAGUUUUUCUUUGUGUAAAUCCCUAUUGUCUA